AUCAAGGCUGAUUUUAAUCUAAUGCAUGUGAAAAGGCUGAGUCUGGGAAGGUUCUGCAAAAUGACAGGUAUCCCAAGAGAGGUUUCCUGAAGGUUUCCCCUUUCAAUAACAUAUUAGGGAAAGAACUGCAAAAUAAAGAUCCCCAUUAAAAAGAAAUAAAAGCUGUGUUUCCUUCUUGCAUCCUGGAUUGUCUGCUACAGCUCUAUACAAUUUAGCUGGUGUAAAUGAGUGCUGCUGCCACACAGACCAAGAUAACCUGCUCAGUCAGCUGGAGCCCCCUGUGGACAGCUGUCUCUCAGCUGAUGGAAAACCGCUACUAACCACUGAAUGGAAGAGAGUGGCAGCAAAAACCAGACUAGCAGCAGCAAUAGCAGCAGCAAGCAAGGGCUCUAUUGUUCCCUGGUGUUAAACAGUUUUUCCUUUUCAACUGCGAUGCACAAUAGCUGGGAAGAGGUUUCCAUUCUACUCCUCCCUGUGAAGAAAUUCUGAAGAGGGGAAAAUUACUCGAACAAGGGUUACCCAUUGUGCGGCAGAUUUUGACACUGAAACAGCCUGCUCUGAAGGCAUGGGGUUGAGACAAGGAAGCACAGUUUUAUUCGGUGGUGCAGGGGCUUUUGCUGUUUCAGUCCAGUGCGUUGGAGUUCUUGUGGUUCUGUUUGGAAUCUGGGAAGCUAAAGCACAAAGUGAAUUUGAAACUUCAUCUGUAUAUUUGUGGAAGACUGGUCCAUGGGGUAGGUGUAUGGGAGAUGAAUGUGGUCCAGGUGGUAUCCAAACGCGAGCAGUGUGGUGUGCCCAUGUGGAAGGAUGGACAACCCUACCCACGAACUGUAAACAGAUUGAGAGGCCUGAGAACCAACAGAACUGUUUCAGGGUUUGUGAUUGGCACAAAGAACUGUACGACUGGCAGCUGGGCAGCUGGAAUCAAUGCCAGCCAGUUAUUUCAAGGAACAUUGAAAAACCUGUAGAAUGCAUCAAAGGAGAGGAAGGAAUCCAGAUGAGAAAUGUAACUUGCAUACAGAAAGCAAACGGGGCCUCAGCUGAGGAUGUCAUAUGUGACUACUUUGAGCCCAAACCUCGCCAAGAGCAGGCAUGUCUCAUCCCUUGUCGUCAGGACUGCAUCAUGGCAGAAUUCUCCCCCUGGUCAGAGUGCUCCAAGACCUGUGGCAAUGGGCUUCAACACAGAGCUCGUCACAUUGUUGCUCCAGCUCGGUUUGGUGGCUCUGCCUGUCCCAACCUGACUGAAUUUCAGAUCUGUCAGUCUAGCCCAUGUGCUACUGAAGAAAGCAUGUAUAGCCUAAAUGUGGGACCCUGGAGCGCAUGUUCUAUGCCCCAGUCAAGACAUACAAGACAAGCAAGGAAACGGGGAAAGAACAAAGAAAAGGAGAAGGACAGAGAAAAAGGAGUACGGGAUCCUGAGGCUCGUGAGCUUAUUAAGAAAAAGAGAAAUCGAAAUAGACAAAACAGACAGGAGAACAAAUAUUGGGACAUACAGAUUGGGUAUCAAACCAGGCAGGUUACAUGUACUCACAGGAAUGGCAAAGCAGCAGAUUUGAGGUUUUGCCAACAAGACAAGUUGCCAAUUACUUUCCAGUCCUGUGUGAUCACUAAGGACUGCCAGGUGUCAGAGUGGUCCGACUGGAGCCCAUGUUCCAAAACCUGUUUUGAUAUGACAUCCCCAAAAGGAAAUCGUACAAGAACACGGACAAUUAAGCAGUUUCCUAUUGGCAGUGAAGGUGAAUGCCCAGAACUAGAAGAAACCGAGCAAUGUGUUUCUCAAGGAGAUGGUGUGGCACCGUGUGUUACGUAUGGCUGGAGAACCACAGAAUGGACUGAAUGCCGUGUUGACCCUCUACUUAGCCAACAGGACAAAAGACGAGGAAAUCAGACAGCUCUGUGUGGAGGUGGGAUUCAGACCCGUGAAGUGUACUGUGUGCAAGCUAAUGAAAAUCUCCUCUCCUACUUAAAUACCCUUAAGGAAAAAGAAGAAAGUCAGUCACAGAGCACGUCGAAGUCUAGUGCUGCUCCACUUCUAUCAAUCACUUUUGAAAUAACAGCAUCCAGACCAGUGGAUCGGAAACUAUGUACAGGAGCUGUACCCAGCACCACCCAGUUGUGUCAUAUUCCUUGCCCAAUAGAAUGUGAGGUGUCCGCUUGGUCAGCCUGGGGACCAUGCACCCACGAAAGCUGUGAUGACCAACAAGCCAAAAAGGGUUUUAAACUAAGGAAACGACGCAUCACAAAUGAACCUACAGGAGGGACUGGAAACUGCCCUCAUCUCCUUGAAGCUAUCCCAUGUGAGGAGCCUUCUUGCUAUGAUUGGCGAAUAGUGGAAUUAGAAAAAUGUAUACCAGAUAAUGAGAAGCAGUGUGGGCCCGGCACUCAAGUUCCAGUGGUUGUCUGUAUCAACAGCGAUGGAGAAGAGGUUGACAGACAGCUGUGUCGAGAUGCUAUCUACCCAAUCCCCAUUGUCUGUGAAGUUCCAUGCCCAAAGGAUUGUGUUCUCAGCAUGUGGUCUGGAUGGUCCUCCUGCUCACACACCUGCUCAGGAAAAACCACAGAAGGAAAGCAGAUGCGUGCCCGCUCUAUUUUGGCAUAUGCAGGUGAAGGAGGUGUUCAUUGCCCAAACAGUAGCGUGCUACAGGAAACCCGCAGCUGCAAUGAACACCCUUGCACUGUAUACCACUGGCAGACUGGACCUUGGGGCCAGUGUAUAGAGGAUGUGUCUGUGUCUGCAUUCAACUCAUCUACUAGUUGGAAUGGAGAAGCCACCUGUUCUGUUGGGAUGCAAACAAGAAAAGUCAUCUGUGUGAGAGUGAAUGUGGGACAAGUGGGACCAAAAAAAUGCCCUGAAAACCUUCGACCAGAAGCAGUGAGGCCUUGUUUGCUUCCUUGUAGAAAAGACUGUAUUGUGACGCCAUUCAGUGAGUGGACACCAUGUCCCUCUUCAUGUCAAGAAGGGGCUGCCACAGUAAGGAAGCAGUCUCGCCAUCGUGUCAUCAUCCAGCUCCCUUCCAAUGGUGGUCGUGAGUGCCCAGAUGCAUUAUCUGAGGAGAGGGAAUGUGAAGCUCCCCCUGUCUGCUAUACCUACAGGUGGAAGACCCACAAAUGGCGCAGAUGCCAGCUAGUACCAUGGAACGUUCGCCAAGACAGCCCAGGGGCACACGAAACAUGUGGGCCAGGACUACAAGCAAGAGCAAUUACCUGUCGUAGACAAGAUGGGGGACAAGCUGACAUUAGCGAGUGCCUUAAAUAUGCCAGCCCCUUACCACCAUUAACACAGACCUGCCAAAUCCCUUGCCAAGAUGACUGUCAGUUCACAAGCUGGUCAAAAUUUUCUUCCUGCAAUGGGGACUGUGGAGGUGUCAGGGCAAGAAAACGCACUCUUGUUGGAAAAAGUAAAAAAAGGGACAAAUGCAAAAACUCACAGAUGUAUCCCUUGAUUGAGAAUCAGUUUUGUCCAUGUGACAAGUACAGUGCUCAACCCGUGGGAAACUGGUCUGACUGUAUUUUACCAGAAGGCAAAGUGGAAGUAUUAUUGGGAAUGAAAGUGCAAGGAGACAUUAAGGAGUGUGGACAAGGUUAUCGUUACCAGGCCAUGGCAUGCUACGAUCAAAAUAGUCGGCUUGUGGAAACAUCACGAUGCAAUAGUCAUGGUUACAUUGAGGAAGCCUGCAUAAUUCCAUGUCCCUCGGAUUGCAAGCUCAGUGAAUGGUCCAACUGGUCUCGAUGUAGUAAAUCCUGUGGGAGCGGGGUAAAAGUUAGGUCUAAGUGGCUCCGUGAGAAACCGUACAACGGCGGUCGGCCUUGUCCCAAGCUGGAUCAUGUCAAUCAGGCUCAGGUAUAUGAGGUUGUCCCAUGCCACAGUGACUGUAGCCAGUACAUAUGGGUUACUGAACCCUGGAGUGUCUGCAAAGUGACAAAUGUGGACUUGAAGGAGAACUGUGGAGAAGGUGUUCAAACCAGAAAAGUCAGGUGCAUGCUAAAUACAGUGGAUGGCCCUUCUGACACUGUGGAGGAUUACCUGUGUGACCUUGAAGAGAUGCCUCUCGGUGCUAGAAAGUGCACAUUGCCAUGUCCUGAAGACUGUGUUAUGUCUGAAUGGGGCCAGUGGUCUAGGUGUUCCUUGCCCUGCAAUAGAAGUAGUGUGCGUGAAAGGUCAGCAGAACCCUUAAGACUACCUGAUGAUGGAAAGGGUUGUCCUGCUGCUACUGAGACAGAACUCUGCAGCCUGAACAAGAACUGCUACCACUAUGAUUAUAAUGUGACAGACUGGAGUACUUGUCAGCUCAGUGAGAAGGCUGUCUGUGGCAAUGGUAUCAAAACAAGAAUGCUAGAUUGUGUUCGCAGUGAUGGCAGAUCAGUUGAUCUGAAGUACUGUGAGGAGCUUGGCUUGGAAAAAACAUGGCAGAUGAAUACCUCUUGUGUGGUAGAAUGUCCUGUUAAUUGUCAGCUCUCUGACUGGUCUCCAUGGUCUGAAUGCUCUCAAACAUGUGGCCUUACAGGAAAGAUGAUACGAAGAAGAACAGUAAAUCAGCCUUUCCAGGGUGAUGGGAGGCCUUGUCCUUCUCAGAUGGAGCAAUUCAAACCCUGUCCAGUAAAGCCUUGUUACCGAUGGCAGUACGGCCAGUGGGCUGAGUGCAAAGUUGAGGAUGCUCAGUGUGGAGAGGGGACAAGAAUCCGGAACAUUUCCUGUGUGGUUUAUGAUGGAUCCACUGAAGAUAUUGGUAAAGUAGUGGAUGAGGAGUUUUGUGGAGAAAUAGAGCCUAUUAUUGAUGGCCAUAAGAAGAUGGUACUUGAAGAAGCUUGCACCGUUCCUUGUCCAGGUGAUUGUUAUUUGAAGGAGUGGUCAGAAUGGAGUCUUUGUCAGCUGACUUGUGUUAACGGUGAAGAUCUUGGUUUUGGGGGGAUACAAGUUCGCUCCCGGGCAGUGAUCAUUCAGGAAUUGGAAAACCAACAUCUUUGUCCAGAACAGGCUUUGGAAACAAGAUCAUGUAGUGAUGGCCAGUGUUAUGAAUACAAAUGGAUGGCUAGCCCAUGGAAGGGUUCUUCUAGGACAGUGUGGUGCCAAAGAUCAGAUGGUUUAAAUGUUACAGGGGGAUGUUUAGUGAUGCGCCAACCAGAUGCUGACAGGUCAUGUAACCCAACGUGCAGUGAACCCCAUUCUUACUGUAGUGAGACUAGAACGUGCAGUUGUGAAGAAGGAUACACUGAAGUAAUGUCCUCAGAUGGCACACUUGAGCAGUGCACUCUCAUCCCAGUGGUAGUGAUCCCCACCAUUGAGGACAAAAAGGGAGAUGUGAAAACAAGUCGAGCUGUGAACCCUACCCAGCCAUCUAGUAACCAGUCAGGACGGGGAAGGACCUGGUUUCUGCAGCCUUUUGGACCAGAUGGCAGGCUGAAGACCUGGGUUUAUGGUGUAGCUGCUGGUGCAUUUGUUUUACUCAUCUUUAUUGUUUCUAUGAUCUAUCUAGCCUGCAAAAAGCCAAAGAAACCCCAGAGGAGACAGAACAACCGGUUGAAACCUUUAACCUUGGCUUAUGAUGGAGAUGCUGAUAUGUAACUUCCCACAGCAGCAAGUGGAUUCUACAUUAUGGUUUUGAAAUCAAGGUAUCCAGAGGUCACAGGGGCAUGCCAUGGAGUGGAUUUGGGGUGAUUUUUUAAACUGCACCAUAAGUAAAGAAGAAUGGAUUUCAGAAAGCCCGUGGAUAUUCAUGGCAUUACUGCUUUAUUCCUGACCAUAAGCACUGAGAAUUCUGGGAGACCCAUUUUAAUAGAUAACUGCCGUGGAGAUAUUUAUGUGGACCAUUUUGCAACUUACAAACUAUAAAAACCACCUCCGUCUCCAAGCGCUGUAGCUGACAUAGUAUUCACAGUUGAGAACCCCUCAUGCCAGACUUAACCUGCAACAUUAACCAAGUAUAAUCAGCAAGCAUGAAGAGUUUGUACCACACUGUCUAUAACUCUUUAUAUUCAAGCAUAGCUUAUAUACUCAGUUGAACCAUAUGUAUUACUGUCAGAUUAUAUACAUGUUAACAAGCAUUUUAGUGCUAGUAAGAUGUUAACCUUUACCUGAGAAAAGAUUAACCCACUAAGAAAGUUCAGCCUCUUGGCAAUUGAUGGUAGUUUGUAUUACCUGCAUUUCAGAGGGUAAAGACUCACUUGCAAGACCGAUCUGUUAUCACUCCAAAGUAUCAAUGCCUCAUAUAUACCAGUAUCUAUGAAGAAAAUAUUCAGUAUUUUUUAGUGGUUACUGUCUGGAAAAAUUAAUACCUAGUGUAAAUGUUACAAUAGGUUUCUACUUUCUCUAACUCUCAAACUGUUGCCUGCAUCUUUUUUGCUACAUGUAAGGCAAAUUUUUGCACUAUAUUAGUGCAGCAUGAUAUGCACUUAACUAGUAUUGCCAUAGAAACUGCCUCUUUUCAAAAAGGAUGAUGAUGCGUCUUGUGCUAGGAGAGUCAAGUAGACAGGUCUUGAAUCCUGAAGAGAGUAGAGUUCAGUUUGGACUGCAAGUAGAUGGAAUCAGCUAAGACGUGUGUACUAUAUACACUGUUUGUCGUCACAGCGGCCAUUUUUGUAGUCUAUAUCAUGGCAGUAAUAAGUGUCUAGUUUCUUGCCCCAUCUACCUACAAAUAUAGAUCCUCCAGUUGGUUUCUAAUUGUACUUUGAAGGCUAUUUAUGACUAGAUUUUUUAUAUUUGUUAACUUUGUUAAAAAAGAAAAGUGGAUGCUCACUAAUCUUGAGUGAAUUGCCUGUUUGUCUGAUGAAAUGUUCUGAUUAUUUGUUCAGCUCAAAGAAGAAAUGUUAUUGCUUCUUUUCCAUCUAUAAAAGAAAGAAUUUUCACUGUUGCUAACAGUGCAAAAUUCAGCCUUUUAGCCUCUUUAAUUAGGGUAAUUGGAUCUAAUCAGAAUUUUUAAAUCAGCUAAAGUCUUCAAUGUACCAGUACACUGGUUAAUGAAGAAGAAUAUGAAAAAAGUUGCUACGGUAAAACAGUUGGAUAAGUAUUUUUCCUUCUUAAUUCUCGCAGCAUAACUCAUUGUUAAUGUCUCUCACACUGUCUUUUCAGUACCCAGGCUAUCGUUUUAUGUAUACACCUGUUACAGACGUCACUCAUGACCCAAGAAGGGUUAUUCUCAUUAGGUGGCUUCUGUGUGUAGACUAAAAGAAAAAUAUAAAUGACUGUGCCAUCACUAAGCAAUAUCAUGACAAAAACUUUACCAGGCAACCUUUAAGAAAUAAUUAUUUUGGAAAGUUCAGUAUUAGGUUCUCAGGUCUUUUUUUAUAACCCAAACCAUUCCUACCUAUCCCUCACAGUAUUUGUUCUAGGAGCACCAGUUUUUUACACAGACAUUAAACUUUGGCCUGGAUUCACUGAAAUAAAUAAAUGGACCCCCAUUGACCUGGGCACCAUUUUCCAAUUGUACUUAAUGUAAAUUUUGUGUAAAGAUCAAAAGCAGAAUAUGGUCAGAUUUCAGUUUAAUUCAUGAUAAUAAAGUGUGUUAAUGUCAUAUAAAGAUACUGAUCCUCCUCCCCUAAUGCAUAGUUAAAUCCCAUUAGUUAUGUGUUGAUGAGAAGAACAAAUGAGCUUUUGUUAAUAGUCACCUGUAUUUGUGCAGGUUUAGCUUACAUCUUUCACCUUGAUUCUGCAACGUGGUGUUGUACUGCCCCACCUGCACAGGAAUCUAUUGCAGUUAGUAGGAUAUUUCCGCAUGGCAGAGGUUCAUUUUCAUACAAGUAGCAGGAUUGGGGCCUUAAUCUUACAUCAUUGCAAAAACAUUUCUUUUUAUGCACAAAACUAAUGUUUUUAUAAUGCUUGAAUGAAAAACAGUUAGGUCAUACCUUAAUCACACAAACAAAAACCUUGGAGCAGUUUUGGGAUGUUAAACCAUGCAAAUGAAUCAUGAAUUGCUUACCUUUAGAAGCCUAUUUCUAGAUGUUUAAUUACUUCAAGCCAAUAUCAACCUGGGGAGGAAGGUAGAAAUUAUCAUUUUGAUAAAUGAGUUGCUAUUAUUGAUUCCACUGCCUAGCCUUCUUCCAGGAGCUCUUCUGUAGCUCUCACCAUGAUGCCGAUUUGACCUUAAAAACCAGAAUUUCAGAAUUAUUAAGGUUUGCUGUUGCAUAUUUCUUCCUAUAUAAAAAAUCAGUAUUAAUAAUCUUAAAGAAAAUUAAGGAAUAUUUGGCUUUUACGGUCCAUAAAGUUAUUUUAAUAUAAAAUAAAAUUGAUGCCUGGCCAGUGAAUGUUACUGGUGGACAUUUACAUUGUGCUAAAUGAUACAUUUCAUACAUGGCGUGCAAGUUUAAAACUUGGCAUGCACAUAACACUCAUGCCAGAAUGGCUGCUUCUUCCUUUGUGAAGAUAGAUAUUCAUUUUAAAAAGUUGUUAAAGAAGGGCUUAUGCUGUAAGUCUGUAAAUCAAAUUUCAAAAAAUGGCCAAGCCCUAGAACACUGAAACCAGUAAUAAAUAAGGAAAUAUCAAUACAGAGUGAAAAGUAAUUUGCUUAAAAAAAAAUCAGAGUGCUUUUACAAAUCCAGUGCCUAAAGCAGUCACUACUGUAGAUUGUUAGUUUGUGAAAGUAAUAUUUCCAGUGAUCAGAUAUCUCUAAACCAUUCAGAAAAUAGCAAAGUAGGUAUUUUCUUGUUGGUGUGGUGGUUUGUAAAUUCUUUUUUAAAAUCUGUAGUUUCUAGAUGACUGUGUCUGCUUUGAGUCCUGGAGCAGUUUCUUUUGAAAGCUGUGGUGCUACUGAACAAGUUUCUUUGUUUGUCCUCCUAAGGCACAGAUUUAAAAUUCCCUUUUUUACCAAAAUGUAAAAAUUCAUUUCCCAAUACAAUUACCUGAAAAGACCAAUUCAUACAUUCUGUGUAUAAAUUACUGUAAAAUAUACUGAAAUCUGUCUUUUUACCUUUAUGUAAAUUGUGCUUACCCAAAGUUGAGAGUUUAUUUUGCCUAACUUAAUUUACUUGAAUAUUUAUUUUGUAGGAGGACGCAGCAGCUGUCUGAGGAAUGUUUACCUUUUUUUUGGGUUAAUGUUAAUUUGUAAAUUGUGUAUUGCAUUUUAUUUUAUGAAUUAUGUAUAUUUCUUUUUUUAAUGCGCAAAAUGUUUAUGUACAACUACCACAAAUUUGUGUAUAUUGUCACUAAGCUUUAUUCAGUUAAUACAGAUAACAUGAAAAUGUAACUGAAGUCUUACAUUUUCAUAUGAGUUAUUUACAUAACUGAUGUAUUGCUGACAAUAAAUAUAAACACAAAGUCAUU